UGGUCUUCACUCCUACCCACCCCGCACUGCUGUCAGUCUGGCUCCAGGUGGAGCUGCAGGUGGCUCCUCCCCUCCCCUGAGGAGCUCGGUCUGGUGGCGGUCUGGGAACUUCAGGGACAGCGGGGCAGCACUGUGAGGGCAUCUGGCCAGCCCCGCCCCACCUGUCUUCCCGGGUGACCGUUAGUCCAGGGGCUCGGCCUCGCUGUGCCAUCGGCCUGGCCAGCGAUUGAAGAGGAAGUGGCUGAGUUCCGGCGCGGUCUUCCUUCCUAAACCGGUCACAGCUGUGCCCCUGGCCUGGUCCCGCCCCCCUCUGCCAGGGAUUCCCCAGUCCUCCAGGGAGAUGCUGUCUAGCGGGUGGUUCCACCGCGACCUCAGCGGGCUGGAUGCCGAAACCCUGCUCAAGGGUCGGGGUGUGGAUGGCAGCUUCCUGGCUCGGCCCAGUCGCAAGAACCAGGGCGACUUCUCGCUGUCUGUCAGGGUAGGGGAUCAGGUGACCCAUAUUCGGAUCCAGAACACGGGAGACUUCUAUGACCUAUAUGGCGGGGAGAAGUUCGCCACACUGACCGAGCUGGUGGAGUACUACACGCAACAGCAGGCCGUGCUGCAGGACCGAGAUGGCACCAUCAUCCACCUCAAGUACCCGCUCAACUGCUCCGACCCCACCAGCGAGAGGUGGUACCAUGGCCAUAUGUCGGGGAUACAGGCUGAGGCACUGCUGCAGGCCAAGGGUGAACCCUGGACCUUCCUGGUGCGUGAGAGCCUCAGCCAGCCUGGCGACUUUGUGCUGUCAGUGCUCAGCGACCAGCCCAAGGCCGGUGUGGGCUCCCCGCUCAAGGUCACCCACAUCAAGGUCAUGUGUGAGGGUGAACGCUACACGGUGGGAGGCUCAGAGAUCUUUGACAACCUCACAGACCUGGUGGAACAUUUCAAGAAGACAGGGAUCGAGGAGGCCUCGGGUGCCUUUGUCUACCUGCGGCAGCCUUACUAUGCCACUCGGGUGAAUGCGGCCGACAUUGAGAACAGGGUCUUAGAGCUGAAUAAGAAGAAGGAGUCAGAGGACACAGCCAAGGCUGGUUUCUGGGAAGAGUUUGAGAGUCUGCAGAAGCAGGAGGUGAAGAACUUGCACCAGCGGCUGGAAGGGCAGCGGCCGGAGAACAAGAGCAAAAACCGUUACAAGAACAUUCUCCCCUUUGACCAUACCCGAGUGAUCCUGCAGGGACGAGACAGUAACAUUCCUGGGUCUGACUACAUCAAUGCCAACUAUGUCAAGAACAAGCUGCUAGGCCCUGAUGAGAACUCUAAGACCUACAUCGCCAGCCAGGGCUGUCUGGAGGCCACCGUCAACGACUUCUGGCAGAUGGCGUGGCAGGAGAACACGCGUGUCAUUGUCAUGACCACCCGAGAGGUGGAGAAAGGCCGGAACAAAUGUGUCCCCUACUGGCCAGAGGUGGGCUCUCAGCGCGCCUAUGGCCCCUACUCGGUGACCAACUGUGGUGAGCACGACGCAGCUGAGUAUAAACUCCGCACCUUACAGGUGUCCCCACUGGACAAUGGUGACCUGAUUCGGGAGAUCUGGCACUACCAGUACCUGAGCUGGCCUGACCACGGGGUCCCCAGUGAGCCUGGGGGUGUCCUCAGCUUCCUGGACCAGAUCAACCAGCGGCAGGAGAGUCUGCCUCAUGCCGGGCCCAUCAUUGUGCACUGCAGCGCAGGCAUAGGCCGCACUGGCACCAUCAUUGUCAUUGACAUGCUCAUGGAGAGCAUCUCCACCAAGGGGCUGGACUGUGACAUCGACAUCCAGAAGACCAUCCAGAUGGUACGGGCGCAGCGCUCAGGCAUGGUGCAGACAGAGGCACAGUACAAGUUCAUCUACGUGGCCAUCGCACAGUUCAUUGAGACCACCAAGAAGAAGCUGGAAGUCAUGCAGUCCCAGAAGGGCCAGGAGUCAGAGUAUGGCAACAUCACCUACCCCCCUGCCAUGAAAAGCGCCCAUGCCAAGGCCUCCCGGACCUCCUCCAAACACAAGGAAGACGUCUAUGAGAACCUCCAUGGUAAGAGCAAGAAGGAGGAGAAAGUAAAGAAGCAGCAAUCUGCAGACAAGGAGAAGAGCAAGGGUUCCCUCAAGAGGAAGUGAGCUAGCCACCCUCGGAGGUGACCAUGGUACAGCCCCGUGCAUUGCGCAGCCUCAUCCCUGGUCCCUGCGGACGCCUCCUGUGGAGCCACCCAGCCGGGAACCCAGUUGCCUGCCUGUUCUACUGUAAUUUAAACAGCUGCAUCCCAGCCUUAUCUCCCUGACCCUGUACAUAGGCCUCUCGAGGCCCCCACCCCGGCACAGGCAGGCCCUUCUGUUUUUGUAAAUAAAGUUUGUGAAUCCCGGUGUA